GCAGUCGCAGGUCACCUGCAAGCCGAGGUGGCUCGUCGUCAGGGCCGCCUUUCCUUGUAUCUCUUCCCACUCCAAUACAGAAUCCUCUUCCGACCCGGAUUUCGACUGCGAUUCCGACUCCUGGUCAGUCUCCGUCUCCGCCCUCCCUGCCUCCCUCUUCUGCGGCUCCUUCGGGAACAGGCGAUCCUCGGAGAUGCUGUCCGAACUCUCGGAAGAGCUGACUUCUGCAUUCCAAAAGGCCUUGGCCAGGUCAUUCUUCACGUGACUGCCAGGGGGCGGGGCUUCCUGGAUCGUGCGCCGCGGUCCGCCCCUAGGGAAGCCCGCCGUGUCGCCCAUUUCCGGCUGCAACGGAGCUUCUCAGGUGGAGACGCAGAGCCAGCCUGUAGCUACGGGACAAAGAGGGUGACGCCGAGAGCCGUAGUCAUGGCGGCGCCGGAGCCCGGCCUGGCCGCCCCAAGCCCCGAGGCGCCGCCCGAACAGCAGGAAGGAGCCGGCGACUGUGCUGACCCCGCUCCCAACUCCGUGAGCUCCGCGGCCCCGGAACUCUCUGGCAGGCCCGUAGCUUCGGACGCGGCUCUGCAGGCUGAAGCCACCCCGCGGCCCGGUGCCUCUCGGCCUGGCCCCGAGACGUUUCGCCAGCGUUUCCGGCAGUUCCGCUACCAGGACGCGGCGGGUCCCCGGGAAGCUUUCCGGCAGCUGCGGGAGCUGUCCCGCCAGUGGCUGCGGCCCGACAUCCGCACCAAGGAGCAGAUCGUGGAGAUGCUGGUGCAGGAGCAGCUGCAGGCCAUCUUGCCCGAGCCGUCCCGGGCCCGGCGGCUGCGGCGCCGCGCAGACGUGCGCAUCACUGGCUGAGUAGCGGAGCCGGGGGCUCCUUGGACUGAUACCCUACCCCGAGUUAAUGAAAGUUCAAUUUUGACA